AUGACAGCAAGUCUUGGUGCAUGGAUGGUGGCUAUUCAGAUCUUUUCCGAGAUGUUAGCACAAGACAUCUUCCCUGAUACCGUCAGCUGCAAUGCGCUCAUGAACGUGGCUGAACGAGCCGGGCAGUGGCAGACGGUUCUCCAGCUUCUGGUCUGCAUGACAGCCAAAGCUGCCAAGCCAAACGAGAUCAGUUUCACCUCCGGCAUUAGUGCAAGUGACAGAAGCGGGCAUUGGGAAUUGGCGAUGCGGCUGCUGUCUCACAUGCCCCGACAUCGAAUCUCCUGUAGUGAGAUGAGUGGUACUGCAGCCAUGAGCUCCUGUGAACGGCUUCAGCGUUGGGAGGCAGCGGUUCAUCUGCUUUCUACCAUUCCGACUGCUGAUGAGAUCAGCUUCAACAUUGGAAUUGCUGCCUGCCGAGAAAGCUUGCAGUGGGCUGCAGCACUUCAGCUGCUCGCCAGUAUGCCGAGGGCAGAUGCCCCGGCGGAUUUGGUGACAUUCAACGCACUUCUGAACCAGUGUGGCGAAGGCGCUUUGAGGGAGGAAGGGUGA